AUGCCGGACCAUAACGCCCUUGACGAGCAAGAGGAAGAACACAUCCUCAAAUACCUAGAUGGCUUAGGGAUGACCAGAUUGAAUGGAGAAGCGAUAAGUAAACUAGCGGCGGAUAUCAACGAGGAGGAGGUGGACAGAGCCCUACCGAGUUUGAAAGGUAACAAGGCACCGGUGCUGGACAGAUUCAACGGCACUUAUUACAAGACCUUCAGGAGCUUACGCCUCAUCUGA